AUGACAGUUCUUACCAAGGUGCCGAUUUACUUCGGCCCCUUCCUCGUCACCUCUCAGGUCUUCUACCUCACCCCCCUCAGCUUCGCUCUCGUCAACCUCAAACCCAUUCUUCCAGGGCACGUGCUCGUCUCCCCUCGUCGCUCAGUACCGCGCGUCUCGGACCUGACUCCCGACGAAACCGCCGACCUGUUUCUUACGGUGCGCAAAGUCGGACGCAUGAUCGAACGCGUGUUUAGCGCGACAAGCCUUAAUAUAGCGAUCCAAGACGGCGUCGACGCGGGACAGAGCGUGGCGCACGUCCACACACACAUCAUCCCGCGCCGAAAAUCAGACCUGGACCAUAAGGGCGGUACGGAUGCGGUUUAUGGACUGCUGGAUGGGGAGGAAGGUGAUGUAGGGAGGAUUCAGAAGCAGUUACUCAAAGCGGCUGAUGCGGAGGGGGAUGUUGGUAAGGCGAAGAGACGAACGGAUUUUCCUGUUGUGGACAACGAAAGUCGGACGCCGAGGAGUGAGGAGGAUAUGGAAAGAGAGGCGCAGAUGCUGGCGAAAGAGAUGGAGAAGGAGAAAGAUGAUUGA